AUGCCUACACGAAGUUCCAGUCUUCAGCUAGCCAUUUUGUCUACUUUUACGGAAAUGACCUAUAGAUUUAACGAUAUGUCUGUUGGAAUCCUUACCAGGGAAUCUGUCCGAAGAGCUUUGCAGGUUGGAAUCACGGCUAGCCAAAUCAUUUCGUUCCUACGAGCAAAUGCUCAUCAACAGUGCGUUACUACUGGUGGUCCACUGAACUGCUUACCUGUCACGGUAGCGGACCAGAUUCGGUUAUGGGAAGACGAACGUCGUCGAUUAAAUUUCACUGAUGCCACACUUUAUUCAACCUUUGAAGGUGAUUCAGAGUUCAUCGGUGUUCGCGAUUUUUCUAUGCGGGAAGGUAUACUUCUAUGGGCAGACAGCGACAAGAAGCUGGUGAUAGUGUCGGAUGAAGGCCAUGAAAAGGUACGAGGGUGGUGGAAAGCUAACAAAGCAGCAAUGUGA